CUCCUUGCUUUUGUAAAAAAUUUUAUACCCUCUCAAGUGUAUAUAAUAUAUUCUGCACGUUUUUAAAUUCAUAAAGAGGAUCCGAUUACAAAUUUGUGACGAUCUUUAUUAGGAAGUUUAGUUAUUGCAAAUCCUUAUAGAAGCAAAAUGGGUGUGGAUAAACCAGUAGAGUGUCCUUCAGGAGAUGAGAUAUCUAAGAAAGCACUUAAAAAGCAACAGAAAGAAAUGGAGAAAGCAGCGAAAAAGGCAGAAAGAAAAGCUCAGACUCAACUUCAACAAGAAUCAACGAAUGAAACAGAAGAUGUGUCGGUGGGAAAAUACGGACAAAUGAACAUGAUCCAAAGUAAGGAAAAAUUUGAGGAUAGGAAGUUUACAGCGAUUAAGGAUCUGAAUAAAAAUUUGGAGAAUCAAACGGUUUGGUUGAGAGGUCGCUUACACACUAGUCGCGCAAAAGGCAAGCAGUGCUUUAUUGUGCUGAGGCAACAAUCGUACACAGUGCAGGGCUUAGCUGCCGUAAAUGAGCAGAUCAGCAAACAGAUGAUUAAAUUUAUAUCCAACAUUACGAAGGAAUCUAUAAUUGAUGUCAAAGCUGUGGUGAAGUCUGUGCCAUCAAAAAUCGAAUCGUGCUCGCAGAAAGAUGUGGAGGUUCAUUUAGAAGAAGUCUUCGUAAUAAGUGCUGCGAAGCCGCAGCUUCCUCUGCAAAUAGAAGAUGCCGCGCGAUCUAUCAGCGAAGCUGACGAAGCAGCAUUGAACAUACGAGUGAAUCAAGACACGAGACUGGAUAACAGAGUAUUAGAUCUGCGCACUCCAGCCAAUCAGGCAAUUUUCAGGGUGGAAGCUGGUGUUUGCAAGCUCUUUAGAGACAUUUUGACGAACAAGGGUUUUGUUGAGAUUCACACUCCUAAAAUCAUCUCCGCAGCCAGUGAAGGUGGAGCGAAUGUGUUCACGGUAUCUUACUUCAAAAACAAUGCUUAUCUGGCUCAGUCGCCACAGUUGUACAAGCAGAUGGCGAUUGCUGCUGAUUUCGACAAGGUUUUCACUGUCGGAGCAGUUUUCAGAGCGGAGGACUCUAAUACGCAUAGACAUUUAACAGAGUUCGUAGGCCUUGAUCUAGAGAUGGCGUUUAAAUAUCACUAUCACGAGGUGAUGGACACCAUCGGGCAAAUGUUCACUGAGUUAUUUAAAGGCCUACGCGAUAUUUACGCAGACGACAUAGCGGCGGUCAGCCAACAGUAUCCGGUGGAGCCUUUCAGAUUUCUCGAACCAGCCCUAAAAUUGGAGUUUCCACAAGCAAUAGAAUUACUGGCGGAAGCAGGCGUAAUUCUGGACGAAGAGGAGGAUCUGUCGACACCAGCUGAAAAACUCUUGGGAAAGCUCGUUAAGGCCAAAUACGAUACGGAUUUCUUUAUUUUGGACAAGUAUCCUCUCGCCGUAAGACCUUUCUAUACCAUGCCGGAUCCAAAUAAUCCUAAAGCGUCCAACUCGUAUGACAUGUUUAUGCGGGGCGAAGAAAUCAUAUCUGGUGCGCAACGUAUUCACCAUCCUGAUUUUCUUAUCGAGCGCGCUAAGCAUCAUGGAAUCGAUAUCGAGAAAAUCAAGUCUUAUAUUGACGCAUUCAGAUAUGGUUGUCCUCCGCACGCCGGCGGCGGCAUAGGCAUGGAACGGGUGGUAAUGUUAUAUCUUGGCCUGGACAACAUUCGUAAAGUAUCAAUGUUUCCGCGCGAUCCCAAACGCCUCACUCCUUGAGAAACUAAACUUCAAUGUUCGGUGAAUAUCGUUAUAUAUUGUAAAAGAUUGAAAUAAAAUCUUGUGUUUUAAAUAUACACUUUGUACAACAUUCAUAAUAAAUCCUUAUUUGAAACAUGAAAA